CACAAAGGGAAAAAGCGGGUAUUUGUGUAUCUGUGUACUGUGUGUCGCUUAGCUCGAGAGACGGACUGGUAGAGAACAAGAGAGUAGGGUAAUAGGGUUCCAUGGUAUCAUCGUCUCACAAAUGCAUUCUUGGAAUGCGCUUUUGGAAUGCAUUCUAGGCCAAGAACCUGAAAGCUUCAGCGAAGAACCUAUGAUUCAACCGAUCAACUUCAAGGUUAAACUGAAUACAAGUAAGAAAAGAAGGAUGAAUACGCAAGAGACAUCAUCCGAUCUGUCUAAUGGGAAAGAAAUUGCUACAAAUGAGAAUGCUUGUAGAAAAAGAAAGAUGGAGACAGGGAAGGAAAUUGUCAAAGAGCCAGCAUUUUGGACAGAUGAUCGCAAGAAACAUUUUAUUGGCAUCUUAUUGGAGCAGGCUCGUAAAGGAGGCAAAAUCAACACUAGUUUUAGUAGGGAUGCUUGGGAUAUCAUUUUAAAGCAGUUUAAUGCAUCAAAGCAAACCAAUUAUGAUAUGCUAGCAAUUAAAAACUGUUAUAGGGCAUUGAGAAGUGCAUGGAUCACAUGGAAAGUAUUAUUGACUAAUAAUAGUGGAUGGGGAUGGUGUCACCAGACACAGAAAGUCAACCCACCAACCAAACAACAUUGGAAUGACUUCAAAGCGAAGCAUAAGCAAGCUGUACAAUUUUUGAAGGGCCCGCUAAAGUUUGAGGAGGAAUUGGAUGAGCUUUUUAAGGGAACCGAUGUUGAAGGAAAGGAUGCAAUGUGUCCAAAAGAAGAUGAAAAGAGUAGUACCCAUAAAAAGAGUAUUGUCUAUGAAGUUCCAGUAACAGAAUUCAAUGAAAAUAUUGCGGAGUCACAACCAAAAAGAGGAGUGUCAAAAUCGUCAAUAAUGAAUACAUUGGAUGAUGACGAUGAAUAUGUACCCGAGGAGAUAUAUAGUGCACCAAAGAAGCAAAAAAAGGUUUCUACUUCGGGGAAACGGAAGUCAAGAAAGACAACUCAUGCACCCUCAUCUGAAAAUAUGACUAUCCCCUUGUCCUCUUUGGGAGAAAUGGCAAAUAUUCGGAUGAAUGCUUUAACUGCUACUUCAAGUGUAAGUGGAUCUGUGUCUGAUGCUUUGAAGAUAUUAGAUGAAAUGGAGGAGGUAUCUAUGGGGAGUGAUAUGUAUCUGGAUGCCAUGAUGUUGUUGGAGGAUCCCACAAAGAGAGAAUUUUUUCUGAAAAUGAAUCCUUCUAUUCGAUUUGCUUGGUUACGAAAAGUACUUAACCUAAAGGGGUAAGGCCCGAGUUUUUGAAAAUGUCAUGUAGUUAUAUUCUGUUGUGAUGGAACUAGUAUGAUAUAUGGUUGAUAGGAGUAUACAGUUUGAUGGUUUUGAUAUGGGGAAAACAACUAUUGAUUGUAGUUCGAUGGUCUUUUUUUACCCACUGUGAUUAAAUGAUUAUUUAAUGCAAUUAACUGUGGACUUAGUCUUA